AUGCCAACUUGUCUUGAUUAUGCUCGUUUUUUAAGUAAAGCAGCUGCACGUAGACAACCAAGUGCUAUUCGUGAAGCUACUCAAUUAUUUUCACGAUCACCACCUUCGACUAUUAGUUUUGCAUCAGGAAGUCCCAAUACGUCUUUAUUUCCAUUUAAGCAAGCAACAAUUACUUUAAUAGAUGGCACGAACAUUGAAUUAGAUCCUUCUGCAAUGUCUAAAGCAUUACAAUAUUUACCUACACCUGGACUAGCAGAUUUAUUAGAAUGGUUAAAAAAACUACAAAAUUAUUAUCAUUCUCCAGAUGAUUUUAAACGAUAUGAUUUAUGUAUAACAAAUGGUUCAAUGGAAGGAUUAAGCAAAGUUUUUGAACUUAUUCUCAAUCCUGGAGAUCCAAUUUUAGUCGAUUCACCUUGUUAUUCCGGAUCUUUAGAUUUUCUUCGUGGAUUUGGCGCUGAUAUUAUUAGUAUUGAGACAGAUUCGAAUGGUAUGAAUGUUAAUCAUUUAAAUGAAACUCUUACAAAUUGGGCUACUUCAAAAAGUUUACCAAAAGUUCUUUAUACAAUUCCAAAUGGUUCUAAUCCAACGGGUGCAUCAAUGAAUUUAGCACGAAAACAGGCUAUUUAUGAAAUUGCUAAAAAAUAUAAUCUUUUAAUUAUUGAAGAUGAUCCAUAUUUUUUUCUACAAUUUACAAAACCUGACCCAUCAUUUUUAUCAAUGGAUAUUGAUGGUCGUGUUAUUCGACUUGAUUCUAUGUCGAAAGUUUUAUCAGCUGGAAUGCGUCUUGGUUUUGUUACUGCACCAGUACCAUUAUGGAAAAAAAUAGUUUAUCAUCAACAAGUAACAAGUAUGCAUGCAAGUUCACUUUCACAAAUGGUAGCAUUGAAAUUAUUCGAAAAAUGGAAUUUAUCAGAAUUUGAUGAACAUACAAAACGAAUUUCAAAAUUUUAUGAAAAUCAAAAAAACUUAAUGGUCAAUGCUAUUAAUAAAUAUUUGAAAGAUAUGAUCACAUUUAAUGAACCAACAGCUGGCAUGUUUAUAUGGUUAAAAAUCAAUGGCAUUGACGAUACAAGAAAAUUAAUUUAUGAAAAAGCUCUUGGACAAGAAGUAUUACUUUUACCGGGUAGUGCUUUUUUCGUUGAUCAAUCAAAAUCUUAUCCAUUUGUUCGAGUUUCUUAUUCACUUUGUACACCCGAACAGAUUGAAACAGGUAUGGCACGUUUUGGUAAAGUUCUUCAAGAAGAAUUAAAACAUUAA